AUGGAGGGCUGUCGGAUUUGCGGCGACGUUUCGUUGGGCAUUCAGUUCGGUGUGCAAGCCUGUAGUGCCUGUAAGUUGCGCCAUCGAUUGUUGCUUCAUCUGCGGCGUUUUGCGUAUCGAAAAUUAGAAGUUAAUUUUAUAAUUUUGCGAAUUUAGGUGCCUCGUUUUUCCGCCGAACCAUCACUGAAGUCAAGGAGUACAAAUGCUGGGAGAACGAGCAAUGCGAACCAGUUCCAGGUAGGGCAAAAAGGGGGAGUUUUGAGCUUAUCUUUUUAAUGGAAGGUCUCUUAUUUUAUUAGUUGUCUAUCAAAAAGCACUUAGAUUUCUCAUGAAACAGCAGUUUAUAAAAGCAGAGUAAAGCGGGCUCCUCUUCGAUUUCGCUUUUCGUCAUAAACAAGAAAAUAAAAGAUUUCUUUCGGGUUGAUGUCUUGAUCGACCUGUUAAAAAACAAAACUUUUUUCAUCGAAAACUUUUUUUUGAUGUUUCUUGAAAAUUGGUAAAAACUUGCUGGUUUUUCCAAUAAAUUAUUGGACGAAAAGCCAUUUUUAUAUAAUUGCUUUUCAGUUGUGGUACUAUGCCUUUCUUACUGUAUAAAUUAUAGAAUUUUAGCCAGGGUUUUUCACAGGACCCACUGAAAUUUUAAUCUCACAGACCAGACAUCCGUUUUGAAAGAUUUCCUCGGAUCUUACGCAUAAUUCCUUUACAAAACAGCCAGAUUCCCAACGCAUAUCUCUCUAUAUACAUAGCGAAAAUAUUCUUUCCUUGACAGCCUCUCUCUGAUCUUCUCUUUUCAACAUCGGCGCCCGCCAUGCGCGGGAUUUCGUUAAUUGAUUUUGUCUGCGUAUUUUUGACGAUUAAAGAUCUGACGAUGAGCGACUGAUCACUUCGAUCGCAUUCGAACUCUCUCUCGUUUCCGCUUGAUUCACUGUUUAAUAUUCGAAUUCGGCUGUCUCGGGGAUGAAAAUAGAAGCGACCCAUGUCAAGGAAAGUGGUUCCUUCACGGGGUUCAAAAGACUGUUUCAAAUUAGCAAAGGCCCCAAAUUACCGACUAAUCAUCCUUUUUUCAACUGAAAUUUGCAUAAAUUGAAAAAUUUUUGUGCCGUUUCGUUAAAAUUGGAACUGUCAAGAUCUAACUAUAGGUCGAGGUAUAUGAGGUCCCCUAACAUGCCCGCUACGACUAGUAUCAACCAACCCCUAAUAACCAUCAACUAGACAGCCCUAGUUAAAAUAGGAGACAACGGCAAUAGACUCACGAUAAUCGAUUCCACGGGGCUUCGGUAGUUGAGCCCCCCCCCACGAAGGGUAGAUCAAACCCCCACUGUUUUUCCCGUUUCACACCCCACAUAAUGAACAAAUUAGAAUAAUACAAAAAAUGUAAGUGGGGUUUGAUCUACUACGUUGGGGGUUUGAUCUAAAACGUUGAGGGCUUGACCCUCAACGGAGGGGGCUUCAUCUAAAACGUAGGGGUGUUGACCUAAAACGUAGGGGGCUUGAUCUAAAAAGUAGGGGGCUUGUGCUGGACCAUACAACUUGGAUUAAUUCUUUGAAAUAAAUUUUGGGGUUCAGAACGGACGAGGGGGGUUGUACUGGGUCAUGGGGGGCUAAACUGGACUGGGGGGCUGUACUACCUUAGCCCCGAUUCCACUUAGCUUGGACACUACCGCACUGCAUCAAAAGGAACUUCGACAAAUUCACAAUAAUUGGUUUAUUUUUCCCAAACGAGUGAUCGAAAAGCGAUCGGUCCAUUACAUUUUAUCAAUAUUCGUCGGUUUAUGCUAAUUUCUGGGAAUUCUUGACGGAAUCGUGACAGAACUUAUUGAUGGGAAACAUUUUGCUCUCUAAAUUUAUUGCCGUGUUUUAUUGACGUCAUUCCUGCCCAUUUCCUGAACAUUUUAGACGUUUCAUCCACCUUUUUUGGAUUGACCAAAAGACUUUAGAAAUACAAUUUUUUUGGAUUUUUGGAGGACAAAAUUGGUCCAAAAAAUCCCGAAAGUUUUAUAAUGUCAUUUCCUGAGCAGACAGUAAGUUUUUUUCCCGGCUAGCCAAAGAAAAAAACCAACCAAAGAUCUUCUCCAAAAUUCUAGUUACGCCGACCCGCCACAUUGAUUAAAUCUCGGGCGGGAAAUAGCUUCAAAUGCGCUGAAUUGACGUGCCCGCGCUACUUUGCGAAUCGCACGUUCUCCCACGGUGUUUUUUGAGAGAUCACUGCUGUCGGGUUUACAACAAGGGCAGGGGUUUAAGGGCGUACUUUUACCGUUGGUUCUCUAGAUUCGUCAUUUGUCACCUUCGAGCAAUUAAUCGACUACAAAAAGUCUUCCGAAACAGAUUGAAACACAUUUCAAGGUUCACCAUUUUUCAGGCAUCCGAAACUCGUGUCGAUCCUGCCGCCUGAAGCGAUGUUUGGAGCUGGGAAUGAAAGAAAACAGUGAGCCAAAUUUUGAUUCAACCUUUCUCACCAGUAGGGUUAGGACGAAAGAGCUUGACUGACCAAAUUCGACCUGUAAUUGGGUCGGCUAGACGGUCAGCCGAAGGUCCCCUGGCUUGAAAGACGAGCUGGGAAACCUCCGCAAAAGGUCGACCAGUUUAGGAAGACCGGUGACAUGAUCUGACCGUUCCACGUCAAACUGAGACAAGCUAAAGUAGUCCGGUGAUUGGAUUGUCAAUUCGCCAAAAAAAGACGCAAAAAAACUUUUAGUCGGGGAAGAAAUGGGGAUUUUUUGGGGCGAGAGAGUACGUUUUUGCGCGUCUUUUCUCUGACUUCUCUGUGAAAUCAAGACCAAAUCUAAAAAACCGAUAGCGAAGUGCAUAUUCCGGUCACCGGACUCCUCAGUUUGACGCGCGCUCGUUCCGACCAAUCCCUACUCCUAAUCUUUUGCAUACAGGGUGCGGCAAUUUUUCGGCCGGAUUUGAAUUGGCUAUAACUUUUUGAGUUCUUGGCCAAAUGUUAAAAUUCUUUUUUUCCCUGAAUCCUCAUACAUCCCCAUUUUGUUUAAUACCAAGUACAUUCUACCCAUUUACUGCAUCACAGUAAAAAUUGAAGACAAAGAAAAAGCUCUAAUUUUCAUAGCUGACAAAGUGAAUUACCCCUAGCAAAUUUGACCGAAAAAUUGCCGCAUACUGUACAAUGAUUCCAAUCUUUAGCCAGCCUCUUCAGAAGUCCAACGAAAACGAGACAAGAAUUCGACGAUCGUCAUCGCCAAUUCGACCGCAAUAUUAGCCAAACCCAAAGAUCUCCCAUGCACCUCGGCCUCCUCGGACAUUCUUGGCCGCAUUGGCAAACGAUUUGAUGACUAUUUGAUCGGCGAAAGAGCGAUAUUUAUAACGAGACGGCCGGAGUUGGCGGUCCUCACCGACGACGAGAUGAUUGUGAUACCGGUGAAGGAGAGGCUGGAGCUGGGGAUCCUGACGUUCCCAAUCGUUUACACAAUGAUGCGCGAAAACAUCCUAGACUUUGCGGAAGUGGAGAAGAAAGUGAAGGUAAGAGGAAGUGGUCCUCGCUUAAACUUCCUUUUUCUGGCCCAGCAAAAAAGAAGGUUUUGCAGCUUGCGCCCGAACAAUUCCGGUUGCAAUGGAAUAUCAGGCUUAGGCAGGUUAGGCUUAGUUUAGGCGUAGCCUUAGGCUUAGUUUAGUGCUUAGGCUGUUUCCCACUUUUAUUCGCAGCCUACAGAGAAACAAGGGCGCGAGAUGCGAAGCGCCGGGCCAGAAAAAGGAAGUUUUUGGUGUUCUUCAAAAAGAGGGUGCUAAAUUCGUCUCAAAGACAUUUUCUUUUCAGUACAAACUAUUCGACGCAUUCCUCUGCCGCUUCAAACAAUUGGUGAGGGUUUGGUUCACAGCGCAGAAGUUUGUGCGCACCAAACAACUCCAUAAAUGCGCAAUGUCGGCGAUGGACUACGUUGAUACGUCGAGGCCGGAGCUCUUUUAUGGAGAGGAUUUUGAGGUUCACAAGUAAGUCAUCUACUGGCGACAUAGAUCUCUUCAUUUCCAGGAUAUUUCGACCCUACGCCAAGGCCCAUCAAAAAGUUGCCAAGAAGGCGUACGCCAUGAGGCUGGACAAAACCGAGUUCGCGGCGCUAAUAGGCCUCACCACCGUCAACAUAGGUAAUUCCCACAUCGAAUAAAGCCCAAAUCUUUAGUCAGAAAUCUAAUGGACAGCGAUAAAGUGGAGGAACAGUUGCAAAAAAUCCUCAACGAGCUGAAAGAGCACGUUGCGAAGAGGCACAAGAAUGUCAGCAAACGAAUGGGUCAUAUCAUCAUGUUGUUGAGGGAGAUUGAGACCACGACCAGCCUGCUCAACGAGUGCUUCUUUCUGGCGGUGGUUGUGAGCGAUACGUACCGACAGGUGCUGGACCGGUUAGGCGAGAUUUGCAGCUAUCUCUGCGAAUAA